AGCCUGUCUGUCAAUCGACAACCGCUCACUGUUCGGUUGGCCUCGGCUGCAUGUGCCGCGAUCGCCCUAUCAACCCAUCCACACUCACGGAAGCCGAGAAUGACCGACCAGCAAAAGCCCACCUAUAAACACAGCACCUAUCUGCCACAAUCUCGACACUCGCACCAGAAAAAGGAGUGGUGUCCGAUUUGGGAUGAGUCAGUUGGAGGGGUAGCUUGAUAGGCAACUUGAUAGGCAGAGAGGCCCGAUAGACACGGGCCAGCAAUCUGACCCUGGCGUGCAAUCAACGGAUCUGACGGGAGACUCAUGAUAAAUACACACACACACACACACACACGCGGACCGACUACGGCUGACCUAUGAAUCCCUCGCCUCGUCAAGAUGCGUCAAAGGCCAAGGGCCACAAGAAAAAUACACUGACUGCACACUGAACUAUUGACUGUACACUGAACUAUCACAAGAAUCAAUCAGUCACAAAUGCUACACACCGUGUCGCCUGCCCACAAACUCUUUCAUUGGCCCCCCCCUGAUACAACCACCCACCCAUUCGCUCAUGCACAUGGUUUGCCCUCGCAGAAGCUUGCACAAAUGCCACUGCAUUUGAGCCUAUCAUUCUCUGAAGCGCACUCUCCUAACAGCACGAGUGCGUCACACAUCUUGCAGUAACCCGCACGGUCCUUCUCGAACUCCGGGCACCCCGUGUUGGUCCGCUGCUCUGAGUUGGCCUCUGAGAGGGCCACAAAAGAGCCGAUCACUUUCGGAUUCGCCAGAGUCUCCUUAGCUUUAAUGCCUAACACGCGCUCUACAUGCGCGCACGCAUGCACACACACACACACACAGAGAGAGAGAGAGAGAGGGGUGAAAGCAUAUAAUUAGAUCCUUCACGCCUUACCACUUCGUACCAUGGUUGUUGUCGUUAGUAUGUUGCAGUGCUCGUGGAGAGGCCCCAUCUUCAGCCUCUUCUGCCUGUCCUGGUGUUGCGCUGCCAACAGGCGGCCACUGCAAUACCUCGAUCAUGUCUGCCUCAGGUUCUUCAACUUGACUAUCAGAGCCCCACCUGCCACACAGCACCCACACAAAUGAGGGACUCGUCCUAUCUAUGGACUUGCCUCUCUCCGCCCACGUACAUAAAUGCCGCACACGAUGGCACGUCCAAGUGGAUGCUCGCGUCGGAGGCCAUAUCGUAUCGACCCAAGCCGUCGACCGCCGUGAGAUUGACAUAUGUGUGCAGUGGCUCGAUCAGCCCCCAAUUCCGUGAAGACACCUCCGCCUCGACGCCGAAGCGAUUGGCAGCAAAGAGAGAGAGGCGGCUCUUGUGGGGACUCUUGACAUCAUAGUCGAUCACCAGCGUGGCGGGACGGGCAUCCUUCACGUCGCGCAAAAAGUCGGUGAAGGUGCGAUAAAGGCGGGCGGGGAUCUGCAGGGUUCGCAGGGUGGCGCCGUUGCUCUGAGUAGGCGCCAGCGCACUCAGCCACACGCACUGGCGGUUGAAUGUGCGGUCGCUGCCCUCAUUAAUGGCCGGGCCCGAACGUGGCGGCACUGCAUCGCCAAAUGCCGCAGGACACUGUCGGAUCCACAAGGGAACAUCACAGUCGUCCCGGAUCAUGACCUUCUGGAUGCCCUUCCAGACGUUCUGAUGAAGGAUCCAGCUCUCGCCCUCCCACUCGGCCGUCACAUGGUCGAUCACAUAGUCUUCCAGCUCAUCCGUCCUGGGCGACUCUUCCGCAGCCACCACAAACGCCUGCUGAGACUUGGCAUUAUCCUCGGUCUUGGGCUUGGUCAUGAUCGUCUUCAGGGCCUGAACGACGAUAGAUGCACAAUAAUGUUCGCGGCUAUGUUUCCGGUUUCGCCUGCCUCACUGACCGUGUAUGAGGCAGCUCCGCUGGAAGUGUUUCUGAAGACCUCGAUACGGUAGCGCGGCGCCGCCGUAGUGCUGUCGGCCUCCUCCUCGGCACUGCUCAUCAGGUAGAGCGUACAGUUAAGCAUCAUGAACUUCGGCUCAGACCCUGGUGAACCCCUCUUCCCCCGACACACGUUGCGCUUGGAGUCGUAGAUGGGCUCGAGGAAGACCCGCAGGUCGUUCGGUGUUCCGGUUCUCUGCCAGUUCGGGUCGUCGGUCUGCGCCGCCAGCGAGAAACACGACACAGCAACGGUCAGAAGGUGCUCUCGCUCUCUGUUCAGUGAGGAAAUGUGCUGUCUUACAAUGGCUGCCCCCCAUUUCGCGGUAUCAUCCUGCAACCGGCGGGCAUCAGAUGCAGACGACCCGCUCGUUGUUUCGUCAUCUGCCCUGAGCAAGCGAAAAACGGCCUCCUCCCCUUCCAGAGUCAAAUCAGCGUGCAAACCUGACAAACAAGAAGCAUGAAUGACACACCAUAUUGUGGUUCAUUACAUGAGCCCACCCAUGUCCACACUUUCUUACCGGUCAGGGGGAUGUUGCCGAAGUUGUCUGAGCCAUUGAAGUAGACGACGCUCUCAUUGUACUUCUUGUACGCAUCCUGUUUCCAUUCAUCCGUUCAUCCGUUCAUCGUACACUGACUGUGCUUCUUGUACCUUGAAAGAGAAGAUCUCGAGCUCGUCAGCCGGAAUCACCCGCUCCACCUCGGCCUCCACAAAUCGCAGCAGUGAGCCCAUGUCCACCGGAUUCGCUAUCUCACGGCUGAACAGCGACAAUUGGCGUCCUCGCAGACUGUCAUCAGUAGCCUUCCGGGUGGCCGUCCGGAUGCGGUCGACCUCCUUUGUUCCGACGCAAUCGUGCAGUCGUUUGGUCAGCGUCUUUUGGCUUUGAGAGAAGGAACCGCGGAAGUCCAGUAUCUUAUAGAGAUCCACAAUGGCUAGAGUCAUGAGGCGCUGGUUGCGAACGUAGUAGUCCAUCGUCGCCAUGGCGAUCUUCUUGGCGUACUCGAAUGGCGGCGUCGCCUGGCCGUUUGGCUGUGUGGGUCUGAGCGACGUCCAGUCCCAGCCAGCGCCGCUGAUGAGGGUCUCGCUCCCUGCACUCAUACAUGAAGAGGAGAACGAUGGUGAUGUCAGACGAUGUGCUGUGUGACUGUCUGUUUAAUGAUAUACGUGGGAGUUACCCAGAAAGAAGUGUCCGUGGGAUGCGAGGGCCGUUGUGACUUCGUACGACGCCAUCAGGCAUGCGUCGAAUGAAAGCAGGUCGAAGCGAAAGUCUUCCGGCAUGCCCGCGUCCUUAACGCCGUUCUGGGACAACAAGACAAGUCCAGUGACGGUCUCUGGCGUCGGACGGUCUGUAUCGCUUACUCUGAUGUUCGUUUCUAGAGCCCAGAGGUUCAUCAGCGAAUCCCAGUUGCCGUGGCUAGAAUCGCCGCCGAAACUGCACACCAUCCACACAUGCCUCUCGAUACGCGCCUUGCCGUUCACCGUGAUUUACCCUUUCCGACCGACGCCAUGAUCCCAAAAAGUGAGCGCGUAAUGCUCUGCAGGAAAGUCCUUCAACGCAUCCGCGAUGAAGUCCUUCAUAUCACACACACAAGCAAGGAAGGAAGGAAGGAAGGAAUGGGCACGUGCCGAUGGGUUGUCAUCUCGCUCACCCGCAGCACUUUGCCGUCGUCCAUGUUGCUUUCGCCCCAGUCCCUUUUGAGCAGCCAGCGACGCCGGCUGGUGCUGUUCUCGUUCUCGUACGGGUCGCCGAUCAUCAAGAGCUCGUAAGCCCCGGAAAACUGCUGCCUCACCUGAACGAACCGUCGCCAUUCAAAUGCAAAAGAUGACAGGCAUCCAUGUUCGUUUUUCAUAUGAGGAUGGGUGGACGUGCGUGCAUACAUACCUCUCUGGCAUUGACCUCUGGGGUCGCCUCUGGACAGAUGACCAUCUGGUGGAUCGCUCUAUGAGACGAAUCGUCCACCUCAGGGUCGGCGCGGUCGACGAGCACCAGCAGGUUGAUGUCGCUCUUGGGGAUCUGCAGCAUCUCCUUUAAGUCACUCAUGGCGUAGCCCUCCAAGUUGUUGUCCUGAUGGCGCGUGCGCACACACAUACGCACACACACACAGACGAAGAACGAGCGUCGUCUCCCUGACAUGGCGUUGUUGGCGACGUCCGUCUCACUUACCGCGUUCAUAUACACGAGAUGCGUCCAGUGUGCCUUCCUCAUGCUGCCGAGGCGCUCCGCCACCCCCGUACAGAAAGUGGGCGGCCUCAGCUGGUACGCCCAUGCGGGACUGUCGCAUUCAGGCAAUCUAUACGAGCCACUUGCCGACUGGUCGGCACAAUCUUCCUUUGAGUGGAUCCGGCACGCGGGCUUAUCGUCUGACGACCGCUUCCGGCACUCGUUGGUACACCGGCAUCCACCAUUGGUGAAGACCUGCUCGAUGCCCCCCUCGACGCACGCAUCGUAGUACUGCCCAAAGGUGGGCCCCAGGCACUUGCAUGGGCCCUUGUCGCAGUCCUCCUGCAGAACGGUGCAGAAGCGCUCCAGACCGGGGAUGUCGGCGCCCUCCUUCUGGCAGCUCCUCUCGAUGCAUACACAGCCGGUGAGGGAGAACAAGACGGUCCGUGCCGCGCACUCGUCGGGCUCGCACGUCUCCACGCCGAGCUGUGCUGCAGGUGCUGGUGGGUCAGCUGGAUCUUGGACUGGUGGGUCAGCUGGAUCUUGGACGGGGGGGAGCUGUGCUGGAUCUUGGGGGGGGAGCUGUGCUGGAUCUUGGACUGGUGGGUCAGCUGGAUCUUGGACGGGGUCCAGUGCUGACGAUGGUUGGUACCGACCUUGGAAGCACUCGUCGUUGUCUCCGCGGACGUAGUUCUCUGCACACACGCACUUGCCCACCCCGCUGCCGGCGCCCCGCUCGCCCUCGGGGAUCCGCUGAACCUGCACACACACACACACAGACCAACGACACACACAGACGGACAUCCAUGUGCGCAUCUCUUUGUGUGUGUGGUUGGUUUGGUCCUUUACCUCGCAGACUUCGUUCUCCUCUUCUGAGCAUUCGAUCGUCGAACACAAAGACUCACAGCGACCGAACCUGCACACAGAUAAUACACAACACACGGACAUGCCUCCAUGCAGUCCAUUCAUCCAUGUGUGGGUAUGUGUGAGCUGACCCGUCGUCUUGCGAUUGGCAGGUCUCGUUCCAUUUGCAAUAUGCAGCCAGACCAGUGCACUCUAGACCUGCACACCAUCACACAGACACACAAUCUCACCCACAUCCGAGUGUCCUUUUGUCACACGCACCAGGUUCGCAGUCGCCGCCGUCGAAUUCGCAUUCAUAAUUGUAGCACUCAAAGUCGCACACCGUGUCAUUAAACCACUUCAAAUCACGGCAAUCCCCAAAGCAGCCGGAGGGAAUCGGCGAUGCUGGGGCUGACACACCCAACACACACACACACACACACAGAUGCAUGAGUACGUGUACUUGCCUGUGGGUCUGUAUUUGUGUAUUUCGUACCUUGCAGCCGCCGCCUGCGCUGUGUGAUCUUCCUCAUGUGACUGCUGCCACCGCCCCGCCUGGCCUGUCUGCCCGGCAUGCACACGACCAGCAAGCCGAGCACAGCGAUGCCACACACAACAACCGAAAAAAGCACCAGUCGCGACAUAUCUGAUCUGCGACGAGUGUAUCAAUGAAGGAAGGAGUGGGUGAACGAGUGAUGGACAGAGAAGAGAAAAAAAC